UUUGCUUAUGCUUUUGCUUUUGAUUGAAAUUCCACUGUUCAUUUUUAUCCCAGUUCUGUUUUUUUUUUUUCUGUCAAAAGCGUUAGAGGUAUUUUUGAAGAAGAUUUUUAAGGCGGAACAGAUGGAAGUACCAUCGAAUUGAGUCGACCCCAUCAAAGGUUACUCUAAAAAAAACAAACCGGAGAAGUACUUAGACUUCCAGUUCUCAUUGGGAUACAGAACCUAAUCUUGAUCCAAGCCCUUUCAGCUUUGACUCUGUGAAGCGAGAAUGUCAUUUUAAAAUGCAUUUCCAUGAAAAAUAACUUUUAAAAGUUGUUGAAAUGCAGGACUGAAGUGCUUUUAUGGUUUUAUGACACUAAAGCUUUUGAUUUACUGAUGUCCCAGGCUUGAAUUUACCUGUCGAACUGUACCGUAAAGCAGCCUCAAUGACAUUCCUGGUCUUCACCACGUAUUUUAGCUAUGAGCUUCUUACUUUCUGUAACUAACAUGUUCCAAAGACGGUGGUCUCUGGACCGUUACUGAACCUUAGAUUAGUCGGUAGGCCUGGCUCAGUUUCUGUAUUCAAUUGUUACGGUGUGUAGCAUUUCAUAGUAUAGAUCUUGGAAUCUUAACAAGACUUGAACAUAAUAAUAUUAAGCUAGUUUGCUACACUGUGGUUAUGUAACUACCUCUCUGUCCUUAGGGAAAGAGACUGCGGGGGAAAACAUCUUUUACGUUAUUACUUUUCCGUACUUUGUAACUCUGUUUUAAGUGCUACUUAAAAUUUAAAAUAAAGGUCCCUGUACUGUACUUAGAAUAAACAGCACACAAUUUUUGAAAACCUCAAAAUGUAACUGCAAUAUAGGUUAUCUGUUUGUAUAUAGUGGAAGUACCCUCUGUUUAUAGUUAAUGUACUUUGCAAGGUGAAAGGCAUUAAAAAAGUACUUAAAUUGUAUGUAUUGUCUGUGCAUGUAUAAACUGUCAUGGUUUACUGCUAUUUGAUGGUUACAUCCAUUACAUGCUAGAUGUUAUAACAAUGCAUUAAACUAAGUAGUCUUUGCACUAUUGUUUUUUUAAUUGAUUUUUUUGUUACUGUAUUUCCUUUUAGCAAGUGCACUUUUUAAGAAAGCAAUCGAAUAUGACAAGUGCAGAAUGGGAUCUGUGCAGUGCUGGGAAGAGGGGGUUUGGGUGUAUAUGGUACUGCAGAGCUGACGGAGAGCACUAAUUGGGCAUGUUCGGUCAUAGGGGUUCAUGCUCCGUGUUAACGGCAGUACUUGUAUGUGAAUAAGCCCUGCAGGACGGACGCCAGCCCUGGAGUCUUUCCUGGUAGCACUGGGUGAAACUACACCUUGCAGCGUCCACACCGACCAGAGUGUGUUGUGGGCUGCUCACACUCGGGAGGGGACAAUUGAGAGAGGCCAGUUAAUGUCACCAGCCUGUCUCUGGGAGGUGGGAGAAACCCGGCCUCCUAGGGAAAGCCCAUGGAUACGCUGCGAGAUCCAUGCAGACUCCACACAGAGGGUCCCUCCAGUCCGGAAUCAAUCCCAGGGACGCGGAAGCUGGGAGACGGCAGUAUUAACUGCCACGGGACCCUGCGUCCUCGGCAUCCUCGAUUUAAUUUCAGUCAAGUUUGGCAAACCCUGACGCGUAGCUCCGAUUGCUGUGAUGUGUGUGUAAACCCAGAAUGUGUGCUGUCUUUCCUCCAGGCACUGAAAAGUCUUAAAACUGCAGGUCAGACUAGGUAGGUGACAUUUUCUGCGCUUUAAAAUGGAGCGGCUAAGAGUAUGCACGAUGUACUAUGCACGGCGUACGUUUUCACCACGGAGUUUUCAUAUUUUUGUUACCGAUUGGACGGGAUUUCUGUGCUUAUACUUUAUUCAGUACUAAACCAUUAUUUUGUAAAUCACUCGACCACUAUAACAAACGUGUACAGUGGUUUAUAAUCCUAUUGAUAGUGACAAUAACGUCGUUAAUAGCCAUGUGCUGCGCCACCUUGAUUAACCCGUCAAGCACCGAACGUUGUUAGUAAAUAUUUGCAAUAAGAGAUUGUGUUAAUCUUUUAAUACCGUUAAGAUCAAAAUGCAGAUUUUGUGAGGCAGAUGCGGUAAAUUCAAGCCAAGCUGUGUUAUUAGUUUACGGGUUGUCUCUAGAUGACAGGGUCUGCUAACAAUUGAUUGCCUGAUCUUUUUUUAAGGGAAAAAAACGUGUGCCCAUUGGUCGCGUGAAAAGAUGGUGAGUUUCCGAAAAUAUAGCAUUAAAUUCGGCAGAGCAACGAGGGCACUUCACCAGCUAUUUCAGUUCCUGGUCUUCACAGAGUGAGAAGUCGCUCUAUAUCCGACACGAUCACGUUGGACGACAAACCAAGCACCGGUAGAGGAAAAAGGCACUUCCUGUGACAUAUAGUGAUGAAAGAUGCUGUAGUGUAUGUUUAGUAUUAUUUUAAAAAGUCUAAAACGUGUGAGUGUGAACUAAUGUUUAACCAAUGCUUAUAGUAAUAACGUACCAUAUCUGUAUAUGCACAUUUUACGUGAAUUUCAACUAUAUUUUUAAAAUAAUUACGGGAGUCGUAUAUGUGUGCGUUAUAAUGUAGCGAUGUUUUAAAAUGGUUGCGUCUAUUUGAUGGUGUAUGUAUUAUUAGCGCGCGUCGGUCCUUUCAUGCUUUCAUGUCGUCAUCUUUGCUUAUAAAAAAAAAUAAUGCGUGGGUACGAGGGAAGACUAGGCGCUUCAUAAAAAGACGCCUCACACCUCCCUUAUAAAUUAAACGCUACAUGCGACUUCCUGCGUAGUUCCUCAGCGUUACAGCUGCGAGCGCAUCAGCGCGGAGAGGAGCCGAGGUCGCGGCGCAAGGCUGGUGUCCGGCUGAAGCACAGUGUUCCCGCCGCCUCUGCAGCCGGCAGGACAGGUGAGCCGGGGCAGCAGUCUCACAGGCGGGCACCUCGACGCGAAUUAAAGACGUCCGUCAGGCCCCGAUGGCUUCCGAAGAGAGCCCGGCCGCGGGAGGUCUGUCGCGCCAGAACUCCGGCGUCGCCGUGUCCGCGGAGUUGGACCCGGCGCUGCUGGCCCGGAACAUCCAGUUUGUGGAGAAGCUGGAGGAGCAGUACGUCUGCCCCAGCUGCGGACAUGUGGUGCUCAACCCCCACCAGACGGGCUGCGGGCACAUCUUCUGCUACCAGUGCAUCAAAGCUUUCCUGGAGAGCACCACAAUGCCUAAAUGCCCUAUAGAUAAUGCCUUGAUAAAGGCGAAUGAGGUUUUUCAAGAUAACUGCUGUAAAAGAGAAAUAUUGAACUUGGAAAUAUACUGUGCCAAUGCGCCGGACUGUACAUUGAAGGUGACCUUAGGGCGUUUGCAGGAGCACCUGAAGCACUGUCCAUACGAGUCCGUGCAGUGCACCAACAUAGGCUGCACGGACGUGAUGUUCCGCAUGGAUCUGAGGGAACAUCUGAUGAGCAUCUGUGCCUACCGCAUGGAAUCUUGUCCACACUGUGAGAAGCAUUAUAUGCUGAUUCAGUUAAAGGAUCAUGAAGACACCAACUGUCCGGACUUCAAAAUUCAGUGCCCCAACAAGUGUUCUCAGGUUAUAAAAAGACACAAGCUGAAAGACCAUUUUCAAGAAUGCCCCCAGGUUGAAAUCGACUGCACAUACAAGAAAUACGGCUGCUUUUUCAGGGAAAAACGAGUAAAUGUGGAGGCCCAUGAAGAUGUAGCUUUGAAAGACCAUCUGCUUCUUGUUUUGGAAAGUAACUUCAAGCUGGAAAAACAGAUAGACGAUCUCCAAAAGACUUUGCUCCUGAAGCACCACGAGUUUCAAGAAUUGACGAGUGUUGUCAACAACCUGGAGAAGGAAAUCAAGCCACUUAUACAGCAGGUGACCAAGACCGACAACAUGCUCUCCUGUGUACAGAGGUCACUUGAAGAGCAGAGGGACAGAGUGUCCAGUGUCCAGAUCCAGCUGCAGCAACUCACACGCGCUUUCAAUCAGGACCCCAUCCGCACGGAGGUGGGGCACCUGAAGACCUCUGUGGACAACCUGAAGCAGCAGGUCUCAGUGAUCGAGUCGCUGAAAGACCGCCUGAACGUCCUGGAUGAUCAGUACAAGCGGCACUCCCGGCUGCUGAACAUCCACAUGGAGCAGCUCAACCUGAACGACGAGAGGUUCCGGCAGCUGGAAGCCACGUCCUACAACGGGAAGCUGAUCUGGAAGAUCCAGGACUUCCAGAAGAGGAAGGAGGCGGCGGCGGAGGGCCGCGCGCCCUCCAUGUUCAGCAUGCCCUUCUACACCAGCCGCAGCGGCUACAAGCUGUGCGCCCGGGCCUACCUGAACGGGGACGGCGCCGGCAGGGGCACCCACCUGUCCCUGUACAUCGUGCUGAUGAGGGGAGACUUCGACUCCCUGCUGCCCUGGCCCUUCCGGCAGACCGUGACCCUCAUGAUCCUGGACCAGAGCGGCAACAAGAGCGACAUCCUGGACUACUUCAAGCCCGACCCGGCCAGCAACAGCUUCCGCCGGCCCACCGGCGAGAUGAACGUGGCCUCGGGCUUCCCCUGCUUCGUCUCGCACGCGGACUUGGAGAACCCCAAAAACGGCGUCUACGUGAAAGACGAGACCUUGUUCGUGAAGGUCAAGGUGGACACGACGGGGAUCGAGGACCUGUAGGGGCUGGGGGCUUCCCCUGGAGCCGACACCCACGCCGUCUGCCCCUCUUUCUGGUUACUGUCCGCAAGGGAUUGAAUUUAAUUGAACCGAAAAGCUCGUGCUGCUAAAACGCCCAACGUGUCUGUAGCACAGCCUCAGUACAGGUGGCUCUGAAGCGAGGGCCCCUGUUUGCCGAGUCCUGGGCUUUAUCAGCUCAUUUGCAUGUCAGCAUUGUUCUGAAGGCACACCUGCUGUGUCCACUGGCGACAGUAACUGAACACGAUUUGUCGCGGCGCUUCAAUCUGAAACAGCUUGGCCUGGCAGCAAAGACGUAUCUAUUUGCGAUCUUUAGGGUUCGGUGUCUAAAGACUUAAGGCUUUCAGGUGCUAUUCACAUGAACGAUCUGAUAGCAUCACUUCUUCAGAGGCUUCAAUACACUUGCUACCACAUACAGUUGUGUAUUUGUGAUGGUCCAUAGCUGAAGGUGACCCUUUCCAUUGAUAUCUUUGGCUUUUUAAUUUAGGUUGGAAGUAACUAUUUUUCCUUUUUAUUACAAGUCAGCAUUGAAUAAGCUGCAUUGCUGAAGCUAAAAUUUGUAUCGGAUAUUUAACAGACAAUUCUACAGUACGUACGAGACAAGAAGUAAUGGACAAAGUAUGUCGUACUGGGAACAGUGUUACAGAGAAGGAGUAUCAGCCUCAUGACAUCAUAAAAAGCUCUUUCUGGUGAUUUUCUUCUAAAUGAGGAACAGUACACUUUCAUAACAAAAAAGGAUCGUUUUAGUUUUUUAGUUAUGUCUGAAAUAGUUGUUGUGGUUCUACUGUGACUGAGUUGUCCAGAAUAACUCAUAAUGUGUAAUAUCUCACUUUGUGCUACAGACACAGAGUAUAACCUCCAGUAAACCACAUGAGAAGUCGUUGUCUGUGAUCAGUCCUGGCCUUGACAGCUUUACUUUUGUUGCAAAUUAGUGAAAAGCUUUUCUGCUUUAUUUAAACACAGGGAAGUGUUUAAAAACCUGCUUAUCUACUGUGGAAUCAUCUCAUUUCCCUUCUCAACUUUCAAAUGUUGUAUGUUCUGUAACUCCUAAGUAGGAAUUUGUUGUCAUUAUUGGCAUGGGUUUGAACAUUACAGAACAUUUUUUAAAUGCUUCAUUGUGUGAGUGUAAUCAGUAGAUUUCAUACAAAACUACAGCUUCCUAAAAAAGGAUUCAAAUACUGUAUAACCUGUGCCACCUUUUUUUGAUAGGUAUUUAAGACUUUUUACAGUUGAGAAGAAAACUAUAAGAUAAAUUAUAAAUUAUAUAUAUUUUUAUUUGUAUUUAGAAUGAUUGUCAGCAGAACAUUUCUAUAUGAAAGGCAAGCAUUCAAAAUGCUUUUCAUACUACAAGGUCAAAAGCAUUCUGUUGCAAAUCUGCUUACUAGGUUACUAGUUUCCAUUAACUGCAGCGAACCACAGACUGCUAAAAAAAAAGGAAAUGGGACAUUUUUUAGUCACUCAUUCCAUUAACGCCUGUGUUAGUCCUGUGCCUGUACAUUGUGAUUGGCUGAUUGUGUAUUUCUACCCUUAUUUUACUACUGCUGAUUCAUAUCUUAAAAGGAAGCAGUGCUUAAGUUGCCCGCCACUUAAAGGUUAAAUUGCUAAAAUAUGGAAAAAAAUUAAAUCUGGCACCUAUAUUUCAAUAUUUUGUUUUGCUGUUAUGUUCUCCCAUGUCAUGCAGACUGUUUUAAGUCAGGAUUUCUGGGAUACGCAAAAUGUGUCUAGAACAACAGUUCUUUGAAGUGUAUUGCUACGUAAGACAUCAGUUGAAUGCCUUUAUUUGACUUCUUCUCUGGCAGAUGCUCCCGAGAGCCAUGCACUCACUGGCAAUGCAGGUUGGAGUAGAAGGGAUUUCAUGCUGUCCUGAUGACUCCUGUGUGCUCAUUCACUUUUUAUAGCGCUUAAGAGACACAUAUUUGCAUAUUACUAAACUCUUAGAACGCAGCACCAAGCGAGUAGGACAUGGGACACAUAAGCAGUAUUACUUUAAGCUUUUGCAGAGGUGGCAUACUCUGACCCCCAAUUACAAACCACGAGUAUCGUCCAGCUUUGUCUGAAGCCUGUGAGUUCAUGCACAGCAUGUACAGUAUACCUUUAAAUUGUGGACCAGUAGUUCAACCAACACUUUCUAGUUUUUGCUUUGUGUUUUAGCUCCUGGAAGAGUGCAUUAGUAAUGGUCAUUUUAAUCACAUACCCCCAGACAGUUUUCCAUGAUGCUUACUUCACAGUGAACGCUUUUCUUAUUCACAUUACUGCUGCAAUUUGUGUAAACAAUGUUUGCUGAAUUGGAAUAUGCAUUCUUAUUGUGGUUGCUGCAUUGACAAUGUAUUAGCAUUACAGCUUUUUUUAAAAAAUAAAGGCGAUCUAUUUUUGUAA